UAGACUCGACCAUUUACGAACACGAAUUCUGGGUUCCAUCCUCUAGGCUUUCUUGGAACAUCAAGCUACUCUCUGUACAAAAAGCCAGACAAUGACUUAACAAGCCGGGACUGAAGAUUCUAAAAUUGUACUUGAAUUGUACAGCAAAUCCUUUGUGAUUGGAGGGACAGUACCAUUGAUUCGGGUCGUUGCUCUUUUUCUUUCUGACUCUCAUCUGGGCCGCUCCUGUCAGCAAACGAAUGAUUCAGCAAACCAAUGCCCGUCAGCGUCAUGGACCUUCUACAACCGAUGGACCUGAAGAAUGGGGCCAAUGGUCUGGACGAAAGUAAGAAAUUGAUUAGGCGAUGAAUUCCAUCACUGAUAAUUUCCCCAGAUAUUAUUCUCUGCAAAUUGUUCAACACCCUCUCCGUGCCAGGAUGUGUGGUUUUGGAGACAAAGAUCGACGCCCAUUAGCUCCUGCAGCUGUGGCAAAGAUGGUGGUUAGAAGGGACGAUAAUGGUCUAGUCGAGGUCGAUGAUGUAGACUGCUCCUUCUUCGUCGUCACUGUCGACCUUUGGUCAGCCGAUGGGAAGCAAGAGAUGAACCUCGUGCUGCAUCCCUCUUCGGCCGAUCGCUAUGUACCUCCGCCCACUCCGAAUACAACGAAGUCGAGGCGGAAAGGCGUCACAACAUCCUCAAUGGGUCCUCCGGCCUCUUCAAGUUCAAGUUCAAACACAAAUUCCACGUCCUCUCUACCUCCCUCGCAAAGCUUAGAACCGCCUUUCACACCAACAAAUCCACCCACGUGGGGUUACCCUUCUUGGUCCCAGAACGAAAAUAGCAGUGAGAUGGGCUACAGACCGUGGAACAACCCAGUUCAUACUGAACCGAGCACAUGGGGUUCCCAACAGGCGUUCAAUUACGAUUAUUCCAGCUCUCAAGCGCCCGCAAUCUAUUCCUCGCCGCCCUCAGUUCCUUCCAUGGGGCAUGUCCCGCCAAUUGCUAUACGUUCAUCGUUCUCGCAUCCUCAUACGAACUUCACUCCAACUGUACCAUCUAUACCGUCAACUCCAGCUCCAGCUUCAUCUUCAUACUCAUCAAUACCUCUCCCACGUCACACAUACACCCGUACUCUCGUAGGACCUCUAUCGGCUAAUGCGACUCGGCUACUCGACGAACACCGUAAACCGGGUGUUUUUUUCCUAUUCCAGGAUCUGUCUGUUCGCACAGAGGGCACUUUUCGAUUGCGGAUGCGACUAAUGAAUGUGGGCAAAUAUCCUGCCCCGGAGGUUGGCGCGACAGGCGUCAUGUCGAUAGACGAUAGAGAUGGGCAUGAACGUGGACUUCCUGGGGUAUCACCAGUUCUAGCCCAAGUGUAUAGUGAACCGUUUACUGUCUACAGUGCCAAACGAUUCCCGGGCGUGCCAGAUACUACCGCUUUGUCCAUAGCCUUUGGAAAUCAAGGCCAGAAAUUACCUUUGCGCAACCGACACGGGAAUUCGUCUGGUAAACGUAGACGACGUGGAGAUGAUGACGAUGAGGACGACAGUGAGGAAAGCGAUUAGUGCACUAGUGGGUCCGCCAUGAGAGUUGUUUCUUAUGUUAUUGCGACUGCUACAUAUAUAAUUCGCGUCAUUUUGAUCUUUCACAAGAUACCUGCUUAAUCUUAUUUUGAUUCGUUCAUCCUUCUGUUACUUCUUGCUUAGUACAA